AUGUUUUCGAAAAAAUCUUUGUCUCUAAUUGCAAAGUGUGGACAAUUAAACAGGUUAAAUACGAAGUCUGUUCUACAAGCAAGAAGGCACUUAUCCAUUCAUGAAUACAGAUCCGCUCAACUAUUGAGGGAAUAUGGUAUCGGCACUCCGGACGGGUUUCCAGCAUUCACUCCUGAAGAAGCUUUCAAAGCUGCUGAAAAGUUAAACACUAAGGAAUUGGUCAUCAAAGCACAGGCAUUGACUGGUGGUAGAGGUAAAGGUCAUUUUGACACCGGCUAUAAGAGCGGUGUCCAUAUGAUUGAAAGCCCUCAACAAGCAGAAGAUGUAGCAAAAGAAAUGCUUAACCAUAAUCUGAUUACCAAACAGACAGGGGUAACUGGGAAGCCAGUAUCAGCAGUUUAUAUAGUGAAAAGAGUAGACACUAAGCACGAAGCUUAUUUAUCUAUUUUGAUGGAUAGGCAAACCAAAAAACCAAUGAUCAUUGCAUCCAGUCAAGGUGGUAUGAAUAUUGAAGAAGUGGCAGAGAAAACUCCAGAUGCUAUAAAGAAAUUCUCAAUUGAGACCUCAAAAGGGUUGAGCCCAAAAAUAGCCAGAGAUGUUGCCAAGAGUCUCGGUUUCAGUCCCGAUGUGCAAGAAGAAGCAGCAAAAACUGUGACCAAUUUGUACAAGAUAUUCAUGGAGAGAGAUGCUACACAAGUAGAGAUCAACCCUUUGAGUGAGAUUGAGCAUGAUCCAACCCACAAAAUCAUGUGUACAGACGCCAAGUUUGGGUUCGAUGAUAACGCGUCAUUCAGACAAGAAAAAAUAUAUUCUUGGAGAGAUUUAUCACAGGAAGAUCCGGAUGAAGUUAAGGCAAAGAAGUAUGACUUGAACUUUGUUAAGUUGAAGGGCAAUAUUGGAUGUUUAGUCAAUGGUGCAGGAUUGGCUAUGGCCACUAUGGAUGUCAUCAAAUUAAAUGGAGGCGAUCCUGCUAAUUUCUUAGAUUGCGGUGGUGGUGCUACUCCUGAGACCAUCAAGCAAGGUUUCGAAUUGAUCUUGUCCAACAAGAACGUAGACGCAAUUUUUGUCAAUAUUUUUGGUGGUAUCGUUAGAUGUGACUAUGUCGCCCUGGGGCUGGUAGAAGCCGCCAGAGAACUUGAGGUUAGAGUUCCUAUUGUGGCGCGUCUACAAGGUACCAAAGUAGAAGAAGGUCGUGACAUCAUCAAUAAAUCAGGGGUGAAGAUCUAUUCAUUUGAUGAACUAGAUCCUGCUGCCAAAAGAGUUGUCGAAUUGACACAAAGCUAA